AUGGUAAUGAAAUGGUUGGAAGAAAUAGCAUCGGCAAACAAGCAAGGAAGAAAACCAUCGCUACUCCGAGCAAUGACCAAAACAUUCUGGUUAAGCUACGCACCUUCCGGAGUAAUGUUCCUCAUACAAGCUCUCAUACUCAAGCCUUUCCAGCCUGUUGCUUUGAGUAUACUGUUGACUUACUGGGAGCCUGGUUCAAAUAUGACAUACGAUCAAGCGGUGUACUGCGCUUGCACCGUAAUACUGAUGUCUUUACUGAUAGCAUUCCUCAACCACCACGGCACUUACUCUACUCAACAGUUUGGAAUGAAAGUCCGUAUUGCUGCCUGCUCCCUUAUCUAUAGAAAGGUGAUGCGGAUGAGCUCCGGUGCGCUAGCCCAAACAACUGCCGGUCAAGUAGUAAAUCUGUUAUCUAAUGAUGUCAAUCGAUUUGACUAUGCUUUUAUCUACACUCACUUCAUCUGGCUUUUACCACUCCAAGUGAUAAUUGUCUGUUACCUCAUAUACAUCAAAAUUGGGUAUGCAGCUAUUGUUGGAGUCAUUGGCAUCGUCUUGCAAACAAUUCCUGUACAAUCGUAUAUGAGCAAAUUGGCAGCGAGACUGAGAAUGAAAACAGCAUCUAGAACUGACGAACGUGUCCGAAUUAUGGAUGAAAUUAUAAGCGGAAUGCAGGUUAUCAAAAUGUACGCUUGGGAGAAACCGUUCGAACAAGUUGUGGCAUUGGCUCGUAAAAAUGAAAUCAAUUGCAUCACCUCAGCGUCUUAUCUUCGUGGAGUUUACCUUAGCUUUAUGGUGUUCACUGAACGGCUAACACUUUAUAUCACCCUUUUAUCCUAUUCAUUAUUUGGGUAUCAAGUCACCGCUGACAUCGCUUUCCCGUUGGCUCAAAUGUUCAAUAUUCUUCAAGCUUCAGUAGCUAUUUUACUACCAAUGUCUUUAUCAAUGUUGAUGGAGUCCCAUACUUCUAUUCUUCGUAUACAGCAAUUUUUAGUUAAGGAUGAAAGGGAAGACCUUCGAAGUGUAGCGGAUGUAGACAUUGCAAAACUUGUUGCCAGUGUUGAGAAGAAAAAUAAAAAUCUUCGUGAAAUUGACCUUUGUGCCAAUAAAUUCAAAAAAAUCGAUGAAGAAGGAAUUUACAAUCCAGGUUUUGAUUGCGACGAAAAAGGUUUGAUGACUCCAGCGAUAAGUACGAUUCCUAUCAGCAAUGAUGUUGGAAUACUUAUACAGAAUGUGAACGCUAGCUGGACUGAAGAUGGUCCUCUUACCUUGCGCAAUAUUAAUAUUACAGUACCUAAAGGAAAACUAUGCGCUAUAAUUGGAUCUGUAGGAUCUGGAAAGAGUUCUAUUUUACAACUUUUACUAAACGAAUUGCGCUCCAGUGCUGGACGGAUACAUCUCUGUGGGCCCCUUUCAUAUGCUAGCCAAGAACCUUGGUUAUUUGUGGCUACGGUCCGUCAAAACAUUUUAUUCGGUUUGCCAUAUAAUCAGAAAAAAUAUAAGGAAGUAGUCAGAGUAUGUGCACUGCAGAAGGACUUUCUCCAAUUCCCCCACGGAGAUCAAACUCUUGUCGGGGAAAGAGGUGCCUCUUUAUCCGGAGGACAAAGAGCCCGUAUAAAUCUAGCAAGAGCUGUAUACCGCCAGGCGGAUAUUUAUCUACUGGAUGAUCCAUUGUCUGCAGUGGAUGCACAUGUUGGCCGACAACUCUUCGAUGAAUGCAUAACUGGUUAUUUAAAGCACACCACUAGAAUUCUUGUUACUCAUCAACUGCACUACCUUAAAGUCGCUGAUUACAUCGUUAUCAUGAAUAACGGCAUCAUUGAGGCAAAGGGAACUUAUGAGGAAUUACUAACUUCGGGUAAAGACUUUGCUAAAUUAUUGUGCUCCGUUCAGGAGGAUGAUAACACCGAGGCAGAAAAGCCACUACCGAUAUCACGAAGGACUUCAGCAAGGCUAUCCACGACAAGAAGACCCUCGCUGGCAGAAUCCACCACAGGCUGUGAUAUUCCUGCUCAAGAAAUGGAAGAAGAAGAAAGAGAAUCUGGCUCAAUGGGAUGGCAUGUGUACGAAGCUUAUUUGAAAGCUGGAGGUCGCACCGCCAGAAUAGUUUUCAUGAUUUUACUUUUAGUAAUAGGUCAACUUUCUGCUACUCUCUGUGAUUAUUGGGUCACAUUCUGGACGAAUGAAGUUACUCUUCUUAAAGAAAGACAAUCAAAUACGACUAAGGAUUAUGAACAAGUUAUAAAACCAAUAAACUCGACAUUCAGUCUAAAUAGUUACUUCUCUGGAAUAAAAGCUAUACCAAAUUUAAAUAUUCACGCCUACAUUGGACCGUUAGACACAUCGCAAUAUCUAUAUGUUUAUACAGCAUUGAUUUUUUGUUGUAUCUUCUUUAUCACGGCUCGAGCAUUCAUGUUCUUCAAGGUUUGCAUGACAGCCUCCAGGAACCUUCACAACGACAUGUUCCAUACUAUGCUACGUGGAGUUAUGAGAUUCUUCGAUACGAAUUCGUCAGGUCGUAUACUUAACCGGUUCUCAAAAGAUAUUGGUGCCUUAGAUGAAUUGCUGCCGCGUUUUCUUCUCGAAUGCAUACAAAUCUACCUAGUGAUGUUCAGUAUUCUCACAUUGAAUGCUGCUGCACUCGUUUGGACUUUAUUGCCUACGACUAUCAUCUUACUACUCUUCUACGUUAUUCUUCAGAUAUACCUAAAAUCAGCUCAAUCUAUUAAAAGAUUAGAGGGAACAACGAGAAGUCCAGUCUUUUCACACAUGUCGGCUACUCUCAAUGGUAUCAGCACUAUUAGAUCAUCAGGAGCGCAACAACGUUUGAUACAAGAAUUCGAUCAUUUCCAAGACAUUCACACAUCUACUUGGAGCAGCUACCUUGCGAGCGGCGUGACUCUAGGAUUCUGGCUCGACUUUAUUUGUGUGAUCUACCUAGCAAUUGUUAUUGUGGCUUUCCUUGUUAUAGAUAGCAAAACCAUUUUCUCCGGUAACGUGGGACUUGCGAUAUCACAAACUCUUAUCUUAACCGGUAUGCUGCAAUUCGGUGUACGACAAACAGCUGAAGUUAUCUCACAAAUGACUAGCGUUGAGCGCAUCCUGCAAUACACUAAUAUUGAAAAGGAAAAGCAAUGGGAGAAAGGAGCUAAAGAAACCCCUAAAGGAUGGCCUUGGAGGGGUCGCAUUGAGUUCCGUAAUUGCUAUAUGAAGUACACACCUGAAGAUUUACCUGUAUUGAAGAAUCUAAAUGUAGUUAUAGAAAGUGGGUGGAAGGUUGGAAUAGUCGGUAGAACGGGUGCUGGAAAAUCAUCACUAAUCUCUUCUCUAUUUCGUCUAUCCAUAUUAGAAGGUGAAGUCCUUAUUGACGAUGUAGAUACCGCCUACCUUGCACUUCAGGAAGUAAGGUCUAAAAUAUCGAUUAUACCGCAAGAACCAGUACUGUUCUCCGCCACAAUACGGUACAAUUUAGAUCCAUUCAAUUGUUAUGAUGACGAACAACUUUGGAAAGCGCUGGAAGCGGUCGAUUUGAAGGCUGCGAUACCUGCACUAGAUUUCAAAGUUUCCGAAGGCGGUUCCAACUUUUCUCUUGGACAGAGACAACUCGUGUGCCUCGCUCGUGCUAUCCUUCGCGGAAACCGAAUCCUUGUGUUGGACGAGGCCACAGCAAACGUGGAUCCAAAGACGGACGAAUUUAUCCAAAGAACAAUAAGAAAGCGUUUUUCAGAUUGCACAGUUUUGACAGUUGCACAUCGACUCAACACUAUUAUGGACUCCGAUCGCGUGAUGGUAAUGGACACCGGAAGAUUGGUUGAAUUUGAUCAUCCUUACAAAUUGCUCUGUAACCCUGAAGGUCAUUUCUCAAAAAUGGUCAAAGAAACUAGUGAUAAAUUGUCAGCUCAGCUCCACGAAAUAGCGAAAAGAACAUAUCUUGAAAACGGAAAUGUAAUAGAGUGA